AUGUCAGCCGUAACACCACAGAGACAAAAGAUUGCACUCGUCACCGGGGCCUCGUCAGGAAUCGGAUAUGUAACCUGCCUUGAGUUUGCCAAAAGAGGAUAUAAGGUAUUCGCUGGUGCCAGAAGAUUGGAGCCCAUGGAGCCAUUACGUGAACACGGCGUUAUUCCCUUCAGCUUGGAUGUGUCGUCGUUGGAAAGUGUCAAGAAAGUCAAGCAGUUUAUCAUUGAACAAACCGGAGAUCACUACCUCGACAUACUUUUCAACAAUGCUGGCCAAUUGUGUACUCUUCCGGCAAUAGAUGUGACCGAUGAAUGGUUCACGCAGUGUUUUGAAGUCAACGUGUUUGGUCCCAUGAGAUUGACUCGUGAAUUGAGCCCUUUGCUCAUCAAUGCAAAGGGUGCAAUUGGGUUCACUGGUUCUUUCACUGGUGUCGUUCCAAUUCCAUUUGCCUCGACCUAUUGCGCCAGCAAGGCUGCUAUCCAUCAAUAUGCUGCUACUUUAAGAAUUGAAAUGAAGCCAUUCGGAGUCAAGGUUCUCAACUUCGUUACCGGUGGUGUUGACACGGGCAUACUGGACGAGAGAAGCUUUCCGGCUACAUCUUUAUUCAACACUCCAGACAUGGAUGCUGCCAUGAAAGAAAGAAAAGAAAUGGCCAGAAAAAACCAGACAAUGGAUCCAAAAGAGUACGCGAGACAGGUUGUCAACGACUUCGAGGCGGCCGUGGUUGGAGGCAAGUUGCACCUUUACAGAGGAUCAAUGGCUACAUUCUUCGGUUUCUACUGUAUGGCACUUAUCCCCAGAGUUUUUGUGGAAAGUCUUUUGAUAAGAAGGUUCAAGUUGGCCAAUGUCUACUCAUACUUGGAGGCUAAGUACUCUAAAACCAAACUCGAAUAG